ACCAUUGCUGAGUCGGAAGUUCGAAGGUCUCGUAACAAGUUUUACGAUUAGAAGCUGUGACAAGGCGAGAGACUUUUGCGGUUGGGUUCUCUGACCCAGACUAGAGUUUUCUCGAUGGCUGGGUGUUGUUUCAGAUUCCCCUACGUAAGCGUCUCGGGUGGCCUAGUUGCUGGCCCUGUGAUUAGCCGACGUUGGUUACAAGUUUGGCGGUAGCGAUAGGGAGAUUGUGUCGGAACUAGAUUGGCUAGGGCUAUUGAUAAGAGAUAAUCUUUACCAGAUCAUAAAAAAAUGAAGACCUUGAAGAGUUGAAGGAAAUUGGGUUAUGGAACAUUUGGCACUGUCUAUCAUGGCAAAUGGAGAGGAAUAGAUGUUGCCAUCAAUAGAAUAAAGAAAAGCUGCUUCACUGGCCGAUCAUCAGAGCAAGAGAGGCUGGUUCAGGUCUGAAUACUUUGGUGAAAAUGAAAGAAUUGCAGGUAAUUAGGUAAAAGGGGGUUUGCAGGUUCAAGAGGAUGUGCACUCGAGCUCUUUCUUGUGAAGAGGAAAAUCAAGAGUCCUUCCUGGUUAUCAAUUUUUUGCUAGCUGUCCAACCCCUCAACGUGUGAGGCCUCAAAGACAAUAUUCCAGAGAUUCUUCCAGUGGUUGUUGCAGCAGUAAAUGUGAAGAACAAUUGUAUUCUGCAUCUGCAUCUGUUAUCUGUUGUCACAAGGCCAAGGUUGGGGAUGCUUUCUCAUUUUACUGCUGUGCGGAAGCUUGAGCGAAGCAUAUUUCCAAUGGGAUUUACCAAGGAAGCAACAGAUAGAAAUACAAAAGCUGGAACUAAUAUUAUUAGUUUUGAAAGCAGUGAAAGAGCUUUGUUGAACCGUUUGAUCGUUGAUUAUACUGGAGAUGGGGGUUUUGGGUUUGUGGGAUUGCAGGAAAUGAUUGAUGCAGCAGGUGCCAAACUAUGGUGGCAUUUUAGGCAAGGAGGUACUGUCUGGAGUCAGUUCUUAAUGGCAAAAUACUGUGGUAGGUCACACCCAGUGGUUAAGGGAUGGCAGUACUGUGAUUCACAUAUCUGGAGGAGGAUGGUUAACAUAAGAGACAUGAUUGAACCUCAGAUUGUGUGGAAGGUUGGAGAAGGGAAUGUUAAUGUGUGGUGGGAUAAUUGGUCUGGAGAAGGAGCUAUAGCUGAGUUGUUGAAUAUUAGAGGGAAAAGACAGGCAAAGGAUUUGUUAAAAGAUUGCUAUGAGAAUGGGAGGUUUGGUUUGAGUAAGUUUGGUAUUGAUGUUCAGAACAGGUUUGAAGGAGUGUGUUUAAGAGAGGAGUGUAGGGAUGUGGCUGUAUGGAAGCCAACUGGUGGACCAUUCAAUUUUAAAACAGCAAAGGCAUUGGUAAGACAGCAAGGGACUACUGGGGGAUUAUGGUGCAAGAAGAUCUGGGCAAAAGGGGUUACAUGGAAAAUGUCAUUUGCUGCCUGGAGGGUGUUUAAAGGAAAGCUCCCUGUAGAUGAUGUUUUGAGAAGAAUGGGCUAUCAAUUGGCAUCUAAGUGUCCUUGCUGUGUGAAUCCAGGUUGUGACAAUAUGCAGCAUGUGUUUGGACUGGGAGAAACAACAAGGCAUGUGUGGGACUGAUAACAUUUUAUUGGCUCAAGAAGUCUGUCUUGGGAUGACUGCCUCUAAUGAGGAUGUCAUUUUGAAGCUUGAUAUGACUAAAGCGUAUGAUAGAGAUGGAAUAUAAUUUGAGAUGGAAUUAAAGGUUGUAACUGUAUGAUAGAAUCAUUUAGUUGAGAUGAGUUUCAAUUAAAAAUUGCAGGGGUGAAAUAUGAUGUGAUGAAUCAAUAGAGGCUUGGAAUGAUUUUGCAGCAGAAAUUGAAUUGUUGCUGCUGCAUAGAGAUUAAAUGACUGCUGAAAUUAUAAAAAGAGAGCAGAGGUGCUUUAAGGCUUUGCAAUGCUGAAUUAAAUUGAUUUGGUUGAUAUGAACCAGAAAUUAAAUUGAAAGAGAAAAGGCUGCUGUUCUAAUGGCAGUGCUGCUGUUUCUGAAUUCUGCUAUUAGGGAGUACAUUGGAAUGUUGAGUUAAAAUUGGAUUGAAGCAUUGUUGAGUUCAUGUUGCUGGGAUUUAACUGUUGAGAAGCAUUACUGAUUUAAUUGGACUUUGAUUUAGAAUGGCAGUAUGGUGAUGGUGAUUUAAUUGAAGUAGCAGUUCAGUAGUGCUCAUGCUGCUGUUUUAAAUGAGGUAAUGAGUAUAAUUGGAGAAUGGAGGCUUUAUGGUUUAAAUGGUGGAAAAGAAUGACUACUGGGACUAGAAUAAAGUUGAUUGGGAGUAGAUGAUUGCAAAUGGUAAUAUACAUAAAAUUGCAAUCUGGGCAUGUUACUGGAAAAUUGAUUUGGUUGGAGUUGAUUGAUUAAAAUGAUGGUAUAUUAUGGGAAUUGAUGGGCUGAUUGUGAUGAAUUAUGGAGCAAUGGGCCGUAUGGUUUAUUGGGCUGUUGAGCUGAUGAUUUGGGCUGUGUGAAUGGAUGGCUGCUGAGAUGGAAGGACUGUACGGGCUUUUAAUUGAGGUUGGGCCGAGUGGAAUUAAAUGAAUCAAAUUGGAGAAUGGGAUAAAUGGUGAGCCGAAUGGGCCUAUCUGUUGAGAACAAUGGGCUGAAGUUGAGAAGACUCUAAUUUGAUUGUAGGCCUUUUGGCCCUUUUCAUUUGUUAGCCUAAUUGGGCCUUUUUAGUUAGGCUAGAUAUAGCCUUUAGUAGUUAGGGCUUUACCCUUUUGGUUUUUGUAGGCCCUUAGGCCCUUUUGCAAAAUUGUGAGCCUUAUGUCACUUUUGGGCCUAAGGCGUCUGUAAGGCUUCGGCCUCCUUUUAGUUCAAUAAAAUCAAUGGUUCGGAAAAAAAA